UUUAACGAUUAUAAGAAAAGUCAGUUUCGCACCCUGUCAAAGACUUGGCCCAUUGCCUUUUACUUCCCGGCAAUAUCAGAUUCAAUUAGGUCUGUCUUGCCCCAUCAUUUACGGGGACUGAAUUCAGUCCCUCUCCGCGCAGGCUAUUUUCUCUGAAGGAAAGUCAAAACAUCCCUCGAAGGAUCAAAGAGCUCAGCCAUAGACAGAGCCGGACGAGUCGAUGCGACAGAUGAAAGGGUACUCUCAGACUAUUCCUCACCGCAGCUCUUACUGAUUUUAAACGGAAGGCUAGGAGGAAAGACAGUAGCCAAAAGAAUGGAGGCAAGAGGCUUUAUCCUUAAUCCAAGCCGGAGACAAAGCCGCGCCGUGGUGUCGGUGGUGUGCGGCCCCCAUACACUGGCACGAGAUGAAUGCUGCCGCGGAAGCCGAGUUCAACAUCCUUCUGGCCACCGAUUCCUACAAGGUUACUCACUAUAAACAGUAUCCACCCAACACAAGCAAAGUUUAUUCCUACUUUGAAUGCCGUGAAAAGAAGACAGAAAACUCCAAAGUAGGGAAGGUGAAAUACGAGGAAACAGUAUUUUAUGGGUUGCAGUACAUUCUUAAUAAGUACUUAAAAGGUAAAGUAGUGACCAAAGAAAAAAUCCAGGAAGCCAAAGAGGUCUACAAAGAGCAUUUCCAAGAUGAUGUCUUUAAUGAAAAGGGGUGGAACUACAUUCUUGAGAAGUAUGAUGGGCAUCUUCCAAUAGAAGUAAAAGCUGUUCCUGAGGGCUCUGUCAUUCCCAGAGGAAAUGUUCUCUUCACAGUGGAAAACACAGAUCCAGAGUGUUACUGGCUUACGAAUUGGAUUGAGACUAUUCUUGUUCAGUCCUGGUAUCCAAUCACAGUGGCCACAAAUUCUAGAGAGCAGAAGAAAAUAUUGGCCAAAUAUUUGUUAGAAACUUCUGGUAACUUAGAUGGUCUGGAAUACAAGUUACAUGAUUUUGGCUACAGAGGAGUCUCUUCCCAAGAGACUGCUGGCAUAGGAGCAUCUGCUCAUUUGGUUAACUUCAAAGGAACAGACACAGUAGCAGGAAUUGCUUUAAUUAAAAAAUACUAUGGAACAAAAGAUCCUGUCCCAGGCUAUUCUGUUCCAGCGGCAGAACACAGUACCAUAACAGCUUGGGGUAAAGACCAUGAAAAAGAUGCUUUCAAACAUAUAGUAACACAGUUUUCAUCAGUGCCUGUAUCUGUCGUCAGCGAUAGCUAUGACAUUUAUAAUGCAUGUGAGAAAAUAUGGGGUGAAGAUCUAAGACAUUUAAUAGUAUCAAGAAGUACAGAGGCACCACUGAUAAUCAGACCUGAUUCUGGAAAUCCUCUUGACACUGUAUUAAAGGUUUUGGAUAUCUUAGGUAAGAAGUUCCCAGUUACUGAGAACUCAAAGGGCUACAAGUUGCUGCCACCUUAUCUGAGAGUUAUUCAAGGGGAUGGAGUAGAUAUUAAUACCUUACAAGAGAUUGUAGAAGGCAUGAAGCAAAAAAAAUGGAGUAUUGAAAAUGUUGCCUUCGGUUCUGGUGGAGCUUUGCUACAGAAGUUAACAAGAGAUCUCUUGAAUUGUUCCUUCAAGUGUAGUUAUGUUGUAACCAAUGGCCUUGGGGUUAAUGUUUUCAAGGACCCAGUUGCUGAUCCCAACAAAAGGUCCAAAAAAGGCCGAUUAUCUUUACAUAGGACAUCAGGAGGAAACUUUGUUACACUUGAGGAAGGAAAAGGAGAUCUUGAGGAAUAUGGUCAUGAUCUUCUACAUACUGUCUUCAAGAAUGGGAAGGUGACAAAAAUCUAUUCAUUUGAUGAAGUAAGAAAAAAUGCAAAGCUGGAUAUCGAACUGCAAGCAGCCCCUCAUUAGGCUUUGUUUUAUGACUGUGCGUGUGUGUGUGUGUUUGUAUACAUAGAUAAUGUUUAUUGUACAGAUAUGUGGGGUUUCUUUGUGUUUUAUGAUACAUUACAGCCAAAUUAUUUGUUGGUUUAUGGACAUACUGCCCUUUAAUUUUUUUCUUUUUUUAAGUGAUCUAAAAUCAGGAAACUCAACCAUGUAAAAGAUUAAUGCUAAAGUAAGCUUUUUAGGGCCCUUUGCCAAUAGGUAGCAAUUCAAUCUGGAAUUGAUCUUUUCACAACCAAGAAACUUUUAUAUAUAACUAAAGAUCACAUAAAACAGAUCUGCAUAAAAUUAUCAUGAUUGCUUUAUGUUUAUAUUUAACUUGUAUUUUUGUACAAACAAGAUUGUGUAAGAUAUAUUUAAAGUUUCCGUGAUUUAACAGUCUUUCCAACUUUUCAUGAUUUUUAUGAGCACAGACUUUCAAGAAAAUACUUGAAAAUACAUUGCCUUUUGUCCAUUAAUCAGCAAAUAAAACAUGGCCUUAACAAAGUUGUUUGUGUUAUUGUACAAUUUUGAAAAUUAUGUCAGGACAUACCCUGUAGAAUUACUAACCUCACUGCCCCUUGUAGAAUAUGUAUUAAUCAUUCUACAUUAAGAAAAUAAUUGUUCUUACUGGAAUGUUUAGGCACUGUACAGUGAUUAUAUACCUGGGUCAUUGUAUUGUACCAGUAAAAUGCCAAAUUUGAAAGGCCUGUAUUGCAAUUUUAUAUGUCAUAUAUUGCCUGUGGCUGUAAUAUGCACCUCAAGAUUUUAAGAAGAUAAUGUUUUUAGAGAGAAUUUCUGCUUCCACUAUAGAAUCUAUACAUAAAUGUAAAAUAGUCACAGAAGUGGAAGUGGCAUAUUUUGAAGUAAUUACACUUCUGAAUUUAUUUUUCAUAUUCUAUAGUUGCUAUGACUUAAAUGAAUUACUGGAGUGGGUAGUGAGUGUACUUAUUUUAAAUAUUUUGAUUAUUUUUCAUUAAGUUUUUAAAAUAUUAAAUUGAAUAUUAAUUUGUAUGGACAUCAUUUAUUAAACACUCCCUGAACAGGUAAAUACUUAAGCAAGUCCUCAUGAAGAUAAGUUAUCCUCCAAAAAAGCCAUGAUAGCAAUAGAAGAAUCAACCAAAGGCAGAGAGUUGGCUAAACUUAAAUUCAGCGUCAGAAUAUGGUAUUGUGAUUGCUAGAUUCUGAGACAUUGAUCACAUCCAACUAGAAACCAGUUUUUUUUCAGAUGAUUAUUUUAUCUUUAGGUCUAUUCUUCUGAGGCAGGGGUUGACAAACCAGGGCCCUUAGGCCAAAUUCAGCUUCUGCUUGUGUAAAUACAUAUUGUCUAUGUCUGCUUUCCCUCUAAAGUGGCAAGCUUGAGUAGUUGCAACAGAGACUGUAUGGCCUGCAAAGCCUAACAUAUUUAUUAUCCGGUCCAUCACAGAAAAAGUUUACUGAGCCCUGUUGUAAGGAAAGGAGUUUGCUUUGGAUUUAAUGAAAUGGUGGGGAGGAGGCUAUGGAGUUUGUCUCUCCUUUGUUCUUUCUUUUUUCAUUGAAGAAUCUCAUAUUAGAAGAAUGAUUUAGAAAAGCUUGAACAACAUACCAUUAAAUGUGAAAUUUUAGAAAUUGGAAAAGCCAUAAAUCAUGUCUUAAAGUUACAUGAGAAAAUGUUAUAUCACUAGAAUAAUUAGAAUUGUCUUUAUUUAAGAGGCACUAGAAAAAUAGGUUUUUGCAGAUGAUACUAAAUAUUUGUUUAGUGAGAACAAUAAGCAUUAUUCACUUUUAAUGAGUCUUCAUUCUAUAAUCCCCAGAUGGAAAGUAAUUGAAGCUGAUUUUCUUACUGUAUCUAAGUAAAUUUAAUAUUAAGAACACAUCUUUCUUCACAGAAAUGUGGUAAGGGGCUUAUGGAAAAUUAAACUGUUUAUUACCAAUAACAAGUUUUAUAAUCACCCAUAAUUUUUUUUCUGUUGCAACAUUAGAAUUUUACUACAGACAGUGUUCUUUGUGUUCUGUGAGUUUCCAGAGUUUGGGACUAUCCAGGGAAGUUUUAUUUUGAAACUUUCAGUGAAUGCUAAAAGCCAUAUAUUUGUUCAUGUCCAUAGAUUGGGAGCAGGGGGGCAGUAGAAUGAUUAUUCCUGUUAGCUCUUAGCCACUUAGAACUGAUUAAUCCUGAAUUUCUGUCACCAAGUGCUUAGUAUUUGACUCUCCCCCCUUCUGAGUACCAAAUGGUAGCAUGGAUGUUAACUAGGUCUCUGCUGUGUGUCUCCCUUAAAUCAGCCUAACUCUUCCAAACAAAAGCAAAUGGCAUGUAUGGGUUUGCUUAAGUCAUUAGAUUUAUAGUUGACAUAUUUAUUAAUCUCCCUCAGUUUAUAUCAUGAAAUAUUGGUAUUUUAAAUUGAAGGUAGGAGUUCUGUGUUAAGACUCUUAUUUUUUCCCUAUACUUAAAAUAAAAUGGCUGCUAUUGAUUUUCCCUUCUUUACUUGAAAUAAACUGUUACAUAAAAAUUUUUUCAUAGUGAAAUCCAUCUUGGAAAAUAAGAAAAUGGCAAGGUAUGUAUUGUUAUGUUUGCCAUAAUUUAGAACUCACACUUAAAGAAGUAUUUUGUAGUUUUACAUUCCUUUUUAAUACACUCAUUGGAGAAUGUCAGUUUUUCUCCCAAGUCAUAUGUUAAAUCAGUUAUAAUAUGUACUCAACAUCAAAGAUUAACAUGUAAUAAACAUGAAAAUAAACUUUAGCUCUAUUAGUGAAACAUUAAA